UUGUGAAGCUCACUGAGCUCCAUUGAGCAACCCCAUCUCCUUCCCACCCAACUAGAGGAAGAGGUAUUUCCACAAGCCUCCUUAAGCCAGCUGCCUCCUCUUCCCUGUUCAGAGCCAUCCCGUGGCUUGGAGUUGGAUUUCAGGUUAACAGGCCACUAAAACACAAGAAGGCUCUUCAUGGAUCUACCUUACUACCACGGCCCUCUGACCAAGCGAGACUGUGAGAUCUUAUUGCUCAAGGAAGGAGCGGAUGGCAACUUUCUGCUAAGAGACAGCGAGUCUGUGCCAGGAGCCCUGUGCCUCUGUGUCUUGUUUAGAAAUUUUGUCUAUACAUACCGAAUCUUCAGAGAGAGACAUGGGUACUACAAGAUUCAGACUUUGGAAGGUACUCCAAAACAGAUCUUUCCAAGCCUAAAGGAAUUGAUCUCCAAGUUUGAAAAGCCAAACCAAGGUCUGGUGGUUCACCUUUCAAAGCCAAUAAAGAGAAGCAGUCCCAGCUUAAGAAGGAGAAGAUUGAAAGUUAAACUGGAUGAGAACAAUGAUGACGACUAUGUGAAUGUCUUACCUUAAAGGUGAAGAUAAGAACUCUGGACAAAGCAAAUUAAAGAAGAGAUGGGGCAACAACUCUCACAGUUGGUAACUGCUUCACCUGCAAAGUGUAGGUCUGGAAUGACAAAUUCUCGUGGCCAAUUCAGAAUCUCCCAGUCAGGAUAACUGAAGAUCUUCUAUUAGCCUCAGAGAAAUCACUCCUCAUAUCCCUGCCUUCAAGACGAACACUACAAGAAGGCUUAAAGCCCCUCUUCACUUCUUGGAAAGGGACACCUGACCCUAUUCUUCCUGACUCGUUAAAGGAACGACAUCACAGUUGACAUCCUCUUUCUGUCAGCUUCAUACAGAGGAAAGGGCACUUGGCAAUGAGUUCUGAACCCUGAGUUUCAGUCCAGUGACUGUGGUUUUGCAAAAAUCACAGUCUAUUUCUUCAUUAAUAAAAAGUAGCUGGGGUUAGGGGCAGGGGUUAUACAUACUGGCCUAGUCUCUCUGUAGAACUUGGUUGUGUUCAGUGGAGUUAGAGAAUCCAGAAGUGCUGGAAAUGUGUACGGUAAGGGAUCAGGGUCUCAUUCUCCUCACACAGCCAACAUAUUCUCUGUACUUGCCUUACUUAGGGAUUUAUGUUUUCUUUUGUAUCAAAGUUAAACCUGUAAUGCAAUAUAAACAUGCUUACCGUAGCCUAAAUUUCACAUGUAUAAUGGAGCCAUCUUAAGUUAGGAAAACCUGUGGUCAGAAUGGAGCCAUUUUAAAAUUCCUUAACAGGUAUCCGAUCACAACUGUAGGCCCUUUCCGUGCUCUGUAUAGUGAUAUAUGUGGGUAUUUUAAAGAUAUUCUCCUGGGCUGGGGAUGUGGCUCAAGUGGUAGCGCGCUCGCCUAGCAUGCAUGAGGCACCACAUAAAAAUAAAAAUAAAGAUAUUGUGUCCAUCUAAAACUAAAAAAUAAAUAUUUUUUUAAAAUACUUUAAA